AUGCAACCAGCGUACAUCAGUCUGUUGUUCCUACCAUUUCUGCUCAACUCUUUCUAUGUCUUUGCCGGAAACAUAUGCGAUGGGGCUCAAUUUGCGGCUUUCACUAACGAUGAAAGACAGGCCCUUCUGGAUGCACACAACGACCUCAGAAAAAAUAUUGCCGACGGUAAACAAGACAGUAAGGAUGGAAAGCUGCCAUCAGCGAAGAAUAUGUAUCAACUGAAAUACAUCUGUCGAAUGGAAAAGAUGCUUCAAGCUGAACUUGACAAAUGUACUGGAAGCGCGACACUCACGAGUCAAUACGGACAGAACAUUCUUACGGCGAGACAAGAUGUUGAUGCUAUCCGCAUGAUAUCCGCCGCUACACAACAUCCACUUCUGCACAAAGUUGUUCGUUAUGGUAUACCAUUGGCAGAAAGUAGCGAAGCAUCCGCCUAG